AUGGGUGUUAAUCUUAAUAUACAGGUAAAAGCCCGUCCAACAGCUAUCCUGGCUGACUUAGUAUUCUCCACUGAGGAGUUCAGCAGGGUGAACUUCCAGCAAGUUGUCAACUUCCUGAAGACCACUGUCAACUCCCUCAGCAUCCAUCCUGAUCUUUUAAGAAUUGGUUUGGUCUUCUAUCAUGAGGAACCAUUAUUUUCCCUGGAUGUAUUUCAGAAUGCAGCCCAAAUCUUGAGGUAUCUAGACAACCUACCAGGGAAGAAGAGGCAGGGCAAAGACUGGGACUGCUUUGGAUUUCCUGAGAAGGAAGUUUUCAUUCAGGAGAGGGGCAGCAGGUCUGGGCAAGGAGUGCAGCAGAUAGCUGUGGUCACUGCUGAUGAUUUCUCUGCAGACAUUGUCUGGAUGGCUUCUCGCCUCUGCAGGGCUGGGGGUCACUGUUUAAUUGGCGGGCAUGCAGCAUUCCUCUACAGGCAAGGACCUGGAGGAGAUGGCCACAUACCUUCCUGGGAAGUAUCCAUCCUCCUCAAUCCUCCCUACAGCUCUCUAUUGUGGGAAGCAAGCUUAAAACAUGCUGUGCCCUGAGACUGUAAGGCUAAGGGCUGUUCCUCAGAUGGGCAACACCCUACAGGAAGGUAAGAGGGCC